UUGUAUUUUUUUCUAAACUGAGAAUUAUGAUAUGAAGUGAAUUUUAAUCUUUCUUUCUUAUAGACUGUAACUGAUGUUCACAAUUAUGCUAAAGGACAAAGAUUUUGCUUACAACCAACAAGAAAAAUUGGAUGCUCAGCGCAGAUUGUAAUAAGAUAUGUGGUUAUCCAUAAUGAGGAAAAGUAUAGUUCACAGGACCUUCCACAAUCCUGUAGAAAAAGACAGGAAAUCCUGCAAACAAUCUCUUGCCAUAUGCAGCAACAUCCUGAUUAUAAAGGAGAAGAAAAAAUCUUUGUUUCUCUGCCCUUGAAUGCUGCCCAUAAUCAUGAAAUUUCUCAAGAAUCAUCCCUCGGCAACAGAAUUAAUGAAAAAAUCAGAAGCAAAAUUUAUGAAACAGUUAAUUCUGGAAUUACGAAUACCACGGUCAUAAAAAGAAUUUUGAAGUCAUUUGUUGAGGCAGAAUUUAGAAAUAAAGAGAUCAAGCCUUCAGUGUAUGAUAGAGCAUUCUACCCACUUUCAAAGGAUAUUAAAAACCAUGUACACAAAGCAAUUGCAUCAGGAACUCUUUCAGCCCUUGAUCAAGAAAACUUGAAAAAAAAGAUCGAAGAAUGGAGGAGAGAAAAAGACUGUAACCGGCAUUUUUUCUUUCGCCCUGCCACAGAGGAAAUGGAAGACAAUGCUGGGGACAAUUUUUUAUUUAUCCAUCAAGAAGAAUGGCAGAGGAGACUGAUGAAACUGUAUGGAAAUACUGUAACUCUCCUGGAUGCUACAUACAGGACAACCAAAUACAGUCUUCCUCUUUUUAUGGUUGUCGUGCGAACCAAUGUGGAAUACAUUCCAGUCGCAGAGUUUGUGACUGAGGAUGAGACAUCAGAAAGUAUCAAAGAGGCUUUACACAUUCUAAAAUCCUGGAACCCAGACUGGUGUCCUGGACACAUCAUGCUGGACUACAGUGAGGCAGAAAUCAAUGCUGUUAAGGCAGAGUUUGAAUCUGCUAAAAUCCUACUUUGUGCCUUUCACAGAGAACAAGCUUGGGAGAGAUGGGCUAGAAGUGGUAUUAAUCAUUGAUUUUUACUAUAAAUCAAUUUUCUUUUGAAGAAUUUUUUACCCUAUUACAAGUUGUACUAUAAAAUUUCAUGCUUGAAAAAAUGUAAAGAAACAAAAAGAAAACAAAAGCUCAUGUACACCAGAUAAGAACAUGAUCUUUAGCAAAAUUGAAUACAAGUUUUAUGUCAUGUUUCAGAAAAAAACAUUCCACAUACAGACAAGGAUGAA